AAGCAGCCAAAAGACGUUUAAUAAGAGGCUAAAUUACUAUGGAAAUAUGAGGAAUAUUAAGACAUAUGAGGAGCUUGUAAAUGAACUGAAAGAAUUUGGAGUUUCAGAGAAUCUAUUAUAUUAUGAAGAUUCAAAUCCUCUUAGGAAUCCGUUUGAUAUUUUUCGUUUAUAUAUUGCGCAAAAUCUUUCAGGAAUUACGGGGAUUUCUUAUAGGGAGAUUUAUCCUAUUUUAGAGCAUUGUUCUAAGCUUGAAAAUGGAGAUUUGAUGUUACCGGUAGCACGAUUACGUUUGGGAGAAAAUCCGGUAUUUUUAGCUAAAGAAUGGUCGGAAAAGUUUCCGGAAAAAAUAGUUUUUUGUAAGCAUCAAGGUGCUUUUAUUCAAUUUUUUUUUCGUCCGGAAUUUCUUACACGUAUGGUGAUUCCGUAUAUCCAUAGAGAUGGAGAUAGAUAUGGGUCUAAUGAGUCUGGGAAAGGGAAGAAAGUGGUAGUUGAAUUUGGGAGUCCAAAUAUUGCAAAACCGUUUCAUGCGGGUCAUUUACGAAGUACAAUUAUUGGUGCGUUUGUAUCUAAUAUACAUGAGUUUUGUUCAUGGGAAGUUAUUCGAUUGAAUUAUCUGGGUGAUUGGGGGAAGCAAUUUGGUCUUUUAGCAAUAGGAUUUCAAUUGUAUGGAAGUGAAGAAUCAUUGGAAUCGAAUCCUAUUCAGCAUCUUUACGAUGUCUAUGUAAAAGUGAAUUUAUUUGCUUCGCAAAAAGAUAAUCCAGAAGCUGAUGAUCUAAAUAAUAAAGCUCGUGAGUAUUUUAAGAGAAUGGAAGAAGGUGAUGAAACGGCUCUUAGUAUAUGGAGACGUUUUAGGGAUCUUAGUAUUAAAAAGUAUAAAAUUACGUACGAUCGUUUAAAUAUUCGUUAUGAUGAAUAUAGUGGAGAAUCAGGAGUUUCUCCAGAGAGUAUUAAGAUGGUUAUUAAUUCUCUUAAAGAAAAAGGUUUUUUAAAUAUGGAUGAUGGUGCUAUGUUUAUAGAUUUAUCAAAAUAUUCAAAAAAUCUUGGAAAAGCAAUGCUUCAAAAGAGGGAUGGAACAAGUUUGUAUUUAACAAGAGAUAUUGGGGAGGCUAUUAAUCGCUAUCAAAAGUAUGAAUUUGAUAAAAUGAUUUAUGUUGUCUCUUCACAACAGGAUUUACAUCUUGCUCAGCUUCUCAAAAUUUUAGAACUUCUUGAUUUACCGUGGGCUAAAUCAUGCAUGCAUAUUAAUUAUGGUCUGGUUUUAGGAAUGAGUACUAGAAAGGGUACUGCUGUUUUUUUGGAUAGUAUUCUUGAAACAGCUAAAGAAAAUAUGCAUGAUGUAAUGAAAAAGAAUGAAAAGAAAUAUCUUCAAAUUGAAGAUCCUGAAUACGUUUCAGAUGUAAUUGGAAUAUCAGCUAUUUUGAUACAGGAUAUGUCUUCCAAACGUAUAAAUAAUUAUUCUUUUGAUUGGCAACGUAUAUUAACAUUUGAGGGUGAUACUGGUCCAUAUUUGCAGUAUGCCCAUUCUAGGCUGGAAUCUGUAAUAAGACGUCUGAAUAUCUCUCUGGAAAAUAUACAAGAUGCAAAGCUUGAUUCUUUAAUAGAGCCAGCUGCAAUAGAUUUGGUCCGAUUACUAGCUCGAUAUCCUGACGUCAUAAAUACUACGAUAAAAACAUUAGAGCCAUGCACUAUUAUUACUUAUCUUUUUAAACUUGCGCAUACUAUUAGUGGUUGUUAUGAUGUGCUCUGGGUUAUGAAUCAAUCUGAAGAUGUAGCUAUGGCACGAUUAUCCCUUUUUCUUGCGUGCAAAAGAGUCCUUAGUAAUGGUAUGAGAUUACUUGGAUUAACUCCUCUUGAAAGGUAUGUAGUAUUUUAAAUUGUCACUAGAACUCAUUAUUUUAGGAUGUAA